CUGUGCUCUCACUGGCUGUGCUGGGCUCUCACUGGCUGGGCUGGGCUCUCACUGGCUGGGCUCUCACUGGCUGUGCUGGGCUCUCAUUGGCUGGGCUCUCCCCGCAGGGCUGUGACUGGCUCUCCCCGGCUGGGGCGCCUGUGCUGGAGGAUGCCGCCUUCCUCGUGCUGGCGCCGCCAAGCCCGGCUUCCUCCGUCUGCGGGAAGGGGGGGGGGAGCGCCCCCUGCUGGUGUCCGCCGCGCGUUAGGCGCCGCCCGUUCUUCCGGUUCUCGUUGCCUGGGGACCGAACGCGGGCGUGGGGAUGGCGUGGGCGCACAGCCGUUAAAGUACCUUAGGUGCGCAGCAGCGGAUUAAUGCUUCAGGACUGGUGCAUCUGCGUGAUGCCGUCUUACAGUUACUACAAGUACCGGUGAGGAGUUUAAAGGAUGCCAAGCGAUCUUCUGUUCAUCCGAGGGCCCUUUAUUGCGCUGACCGGUGUUCCAGCAGGUGAACCCCGUUCCGGUCUAGAAAGCACCGCGGGUGAGGGACGCACUCCCACAAGACAGCCCCCAGUUCAGACACCAACCAGCUUGUCUCCUGUGCUUCCGACUGACCGGCUAUGGAGCCGGGUCCUCAGGGUCAUCUCUGGUUUCGUUCAUUUGCUGGAGCAGCUCACAGACCUCGGGAGACCAGCUGACCGAGUGGAUUGCAGUUUUAUUGACUGAGAGGCCAGGUGGAGCGAUACAUGGGGAGGAGCUCAGUAAAUGUUUGGGUGAAGACUGUGGGGGAAGGGUUGUUCCAGAUGCUGAGUGACAUGGGGCGUUUAACAGCUGUGGCUGUGGCCAGAGCACCUUCUCUUCUUGACCAUCCAGCCAGUCUUCACUAGAAAAUCUCCUUUGGAGACUUAGAAACUUGAACUCAGAAAAACUGCUUGGUAGGUGCUUUUACGGAAAUCUCUGAUGCAGCACAACUUCUUCUAGGUCUGUGGGCAUCUCUGCAGGAGUGGGGAGGAGAAGGGGGAGGCACUGUUUUCCGUGCUGUGUGUACUUCCUAUACUUUCUGAGGAAAAGAUCUACAGCUAUAGGUCUUCUCGAGCAAGACUGUGAGAAUCGUUUCUUGCUCUUGGCACUAGCAGCCAAGGCUCAGGAUGUGUGAGUGACCUGGUGAGACCAGCAGCAAGCUAGGGCUCUGACUGUCCUUUGGCUCUGCACGCGCACCUUCCUUUGUUCUCCUCCCUUUUCUCUGGUACAUAUGUUUCAGAAAUCCAUUCUUUUGAAAACCAAGAUGAUGCUUUAUGUGGUGGGCGAAGCAGCAACCCAGAAGCAAGUGGGCUGUGAGCAGCAAGUCCCUGACCCCAGGGUAGAGUGUGCGAGGUGCCGUGCAGGGCCACCGCAGGAAGGGAGAGAUGUGAGCCUCCCCGAAGAAGCAGGGAAUCAAAUGAGGGCAAAGUGAUUGCUCACGGGUUCAGCAGCCGCUUCACGAAGGAGGUGGCAUUUGGUCCUGGCCUUGGCUGUGGGAGAUUUGGACAUACUGAGGGGAAGAAAGGUCUUUUCAGGGCAGAGGGAGCUGGGUUUGGGACAUAGACAAGAGCCAGGGGGCCCUUUUACUUGGUUGGAAAGGGGGUAUAUAAGAGGGCAUGGAGUUGGAAUUGUCACUGGGGGGGGAUAUGCUGUGUUAGGGUGGGGAGCAGAGAGUUUCAGGGAAAGCCUCACUGACCGUGUGUCCACUGGGUGGGUCUGCACAGAGCUUGCUGUGCCAGUUCCGUAAGGAGCAAAGGAAUACAACAGACAAGGAGCAAACAGGAGAGUGAGUUGGGGCCAUACUUCUAGAAGAUUCAUACUCUUGAAUUGUUCUGAUGUGUAUCUGACAAUGCGCUUUUAGGGUGCUUAUUUCUUGCCUGCAUCACAAAUGAGUAAAAGAAGUGCUGUCAGUUUCCUGUCUUUAUGUCUGUAUUCACUUUAGAUUCGUCACUCAUUUGAGGAGGGUUGUCAAUUCCAUUUGUUGAAUCUCUUUUCCCAUCAGGGUGGAGGAGUCUCUAUACCGGAGUCAGAGAUGUCCUGGGGGAGGGUCAUCAACGGCCUUCUCCCGGAAGAAUGGACAUGGGGGCCGCCAGUCUUUGGGGUGUGAGAAAGGCGCCCUGUGCAGUGGAGCUGGCAGUCCUGAACUCUGGAAGACCAUCCAAUGUCCCUAUUACCAUAGCCUUGUGAGCGUCUCGGCUCCUGGCUCCUGGGGGUGACUUGAGAAACCUUCCAGUGAUUUGCAGAGAGAACCUGAGCUGAGUCUACCCACUGCACAUUACAGGCGGAAGAAGACCCAUAUCUUUUUCCACUAGAACCUCAAGCAUCUUUGGAAGCGGAGGUGACCAUAAGAAGAAGCUUUUUCUGCAGGAUAUAGCAGAACUGAUUCGAGCCAGAGCCUGCCAGAGGGUGCUGGUCAUGGUGGGGGCUGGCAUCAGCACGCCCAGCGGCAUUCCGGACUUCAGGUCUCCCGGGAGCGGCCUCUAUAGCAACCUGCAGCAGUAUGACCUCCCAUACCCCGAGGCUGUUUUUGAGCUGGCUUUCUUCUCUCACAACCCCAAGCCCUUUUUCACUUUGGCCAAGGAGCUGUACCUUAAGAACUACAGGCCCAACAUCAUACACUACUUCCUCCGACUGCUCCACGACAAGGGGCUGCUUCUGCGGCUCUACACGCAGAAUAUUGAUGGGCUCGAGAGAGUAGCUGGGAUCCCUGCCUCAAAGCUGGUUGAAGCUCAUGGAUCCUUCGCCUCCGCCACAUGCACUGUCUGCCGAAGACCCUCCUCAGGGAAGGACAUUUGGGCCGACGUGAGCAUGGACAAGAUCCCCCGCUGCCCAGUGUGCACUGGCGUUUUGAAGCCUGACAUCGUGUUCUUUGGGGAGACACUGCCUCAGAGGUUCCUGCUGCAUGUACUUGAUUUCCCAAUGGCAGAUAUGCUGCUCAUCCUCGGGACCUCCCUGGAGGUAGAACCUUUCGCCAGCUUGUCUGAGGCUGUGCGGAGCUCAGUGCCCCGACUGCUCAUCAACCGGGACGUGGUGGGGCCCUUUGCCUGGUGUCCUCGCAGCAGGGAUGUGGUCCAGCUGGGGGAUGUGGUUCACAGCGUGGAAAGGCUGGUGGAGCUUCUGGGCUGGAGAGAAGAGCUGCAGGACCUCAUCCAGCAGGAAACCGAAAAGCUCGAUGGACGGGACGGAUAGGAUCAUGGCUGGUCCCCCACCCCUCCUGGGAACAGAAACGGUUCCAAGGAGUCACUGCCCACCUCUGAGUAAACAAUUUUGGCUGAACCAGGACCGGUGGCCUGAGGAAGAGUGUGAGGCUGCCCAAGUCGUGUUCUGCUCACGCUGUGGGCCACCCCAAUCAUGGGUGCCAAGCUGCCGGCAUCUUUCUGCUGUUUGACUCUUCAAUCUGAAGCUCUUGAUGCCAAACAAAAGCUUUCUUCUGACAGUGACCCUCUUGAACUCAGACCAGCAGGAAGCCCAGACUGAAUCUGCUCAGUGUCCAGGUCUCCAUCCGAAGGGCAGACUCAGCCUCUGUCCCUUAGACCUGGUCUUGGGCUGAGUGGCCACAGCUGUUCCCAAGGCGUGGUCCUGGGUCCGAAGUAAUACAAUAGGGUCCUAUAGCCUGUUGGCCUCUUUUGUGGGGUUAUCUUUAAUUAGGGAAACAUUGUUCAUUUUUGGCAUGAAAUAAACACUGUGGUCUCCUCAAAGG